GAUCGAGAAUGUCGGUAUUUUUAGCUCUUCCAUUGGAUUUGUGUUUGAGGCAAGACUACAACGCGAAACCCACACCUUAUAUUGCUCAUUCGGCAACAGGCGUUUGGAGACACGAUUUUUAACUUCACAGUAGAUACAGCUCCUCUAACCUGCCACCAUGUGCUGCUCGCUGAAACUCACCAAGUUUUUCUUCGUGUUGGUGGACAUUCUAUUCCUGUUGAUGGGUUUCGCCAUGGUGGGAAUAGGAGCCUGGGUACAGUUGAACCAGGCCGACUUCCUGGGCGUCCUCGUGGACAGCAAGUACGUCAGUGUCCCUCUGGUCAUGAUAGCAGCUGGCACCAUCGUCAUCAUCGUCUCCAUCAUCGGCCUCAUCGGCGCCUGCAUGCAGCAGAAAUGCUGUCUUAUCAUGUUUGUGGUGUGUGUCCUAUUUGUCUUCAUAAUGGAGUUGGCAGUGGGUAUCAUCGCCUUCCUGCACAGGAAUGAGAUUGAAAGUACUUUGAAGGAGGAGCUUCUGGAAGGAAUGAAGAACGAUCUGUCGCUUCCUUCUUGGGACGUCAUUCAGAAUAAGCUGAAGUGCUGUGGAGUGAACAAUGCAAGUGACUGGCUGAUAGGGGAUAAGACCACGAUCCCCGACUCCUGCUGUAGAUUCUCUGGCUGUGGAUUACAGGGAAUCAAAAUAGCCCACAGAGAUGCCUGCUUCACGAAGGUUAAAACAGAGAUCAAGGAUAACUUCUACUAUCUUGGAGCAGCAGGAAUCGGACUUGGUGUGUGUCAGAUAAUUGCCAUUAUUUCUGGCAUCAGCCUCUUGGUAAUGCUGUGGCGUAAUGACAAGGUGGUGUAGGGAAUCUGUAUACCACAUCGCUAUGACAACAGAGAGAGCGGUGGGAGGCUAUAAUCUGUAUAUCAACAUGGGCAGAGAGUGGAGGGACACUAUGCUAUAUAUCAACACGGAAAUGCUGUGGCACAAAGAGAGUGUAGUGUCGUCGCAUACUUUCUAUCAUCAGGGUAGGGUUAUGGACUAAUGGCAAGAGACUGGAUGGACAGUGUAAUCUCCAUAUCAUCAUCUUUGAGCUGCACAGGGCAGUUUGCUCAUCAUCUACAAUAACAUCUGCGUUGGUAACUAAGCUGUUACCAUGGUAACAACAACACACAGUUUGUCUCCGAGUACAUAAUCCCCAUAUUUCACCCUACAAAAAUACUGCAGACAUUUUUCUCAAACUUGGAUUCAAAUUAAGGAACUCUUUCUUUUUCAGCUACUUUCGUGUUUAGUGUGUUACUUAUAAA